AUGGAGGAAAAGAAAGUGAAGUCAAGGACACCUGGGUCCUGUAGUGUUAAGCUCUUUGUGCUGUGUCACAGCAUGCUGCAGCUGACCCAGCUGCUGCACAGCGCCUACUUCAAGAGCUGCAUCACCACCAUCGAGCGCCGCUACGGCUUCAACAGCAUGUCUAUGGGCACUGUCUCCUCCCUGCACGAGAUGGGGAACAUGGUGCUGGUGGUGUUUGUGAGUUACUUUGGCAGCAGAGUCCACCGGCCUCGCUUCAUUGGCCUGGGCGGUCUGAUUAUGUCAUGCGCUGCCGCGUCCCUGGCCCUACCUCACUUCCUGUCCAAGCCCUACCAGUACAACUCUGUGUCUGCCUCUGGUGGAGCGUGGGAUGUGUGUUUAUCACCGGGGAACUCGUCCGCCCCCCUAGUGUGCCGGCAGGGGGGUGCAGGUCACGCCUUCGAGGCCAGGACACAGUGGCUGAUCCUGGCAGCUGCCCAGGUCAUGUUUGGGAUCGGCUCGGUCCCCAUCCAGCCGUUUGGCAUCUCAUAUGUGGAUGACUUUGCUGAGCCAGGAAAUUCAGCUCUGUACAUAGCUAUCCUGUUCUCCAUCUCUGUGUUUGGGCCAGCCUUCGGCUACCUGCUGGGCGGCAUGAUGCUCAGGAUCUAUGUGGACGUGGACAAGACCGGAGGAGGUGUGUCUCUUCCCCAGGACCUGGACCCCUCUGACCCUCGCUGGGUGGGGGCCUGGUGGAUGGGCCUGCUGGUCUCCUCUGGCUGUCUGGCUCUGGCCUCUAUCCCCUACUUCUUCUUUCCCCGCGUUGAGGUCCAGUCUAAAGCACGCAAGACUGAGAGAGACUCUCAGAAAGAUGAGCCGAAGAAGUCAGCAGACACCUCAUUGGUUGACUUUUUGAAGAGGUUCCCACGGCUCCUUCUGAGGAUGCUGCUGCGCCCGGUCUACAUGCUGCUGGUCUUGUCCCAGUGCUGUUUCUCCUCCUCCAUCGCCGGCCUCGCCACCUUCCUCAGCAAGUUCCUGGAACACCAGUAUGGCACCACCCCAGCGUCCAGCAGCCUCCUUAUUGGAGCCAUCAACCUGCCCAUGGUCGCAGUCGGGGUUCUGCUGGGCGGGGUGGUGAUGAAGCGUGCACGCCCCUCCGUGCGGACCCUCCCCUGGCUGUGUCUGCUCCCCCUCACCCUCUCAGUGCUGCUGUGUGGGCCUCUCUUCUUCAUGGGCUGUUCCACUCAGCGAGUGGCGGGGGUCAACGCCGAAUACGGCCACGCGCAGGACCGCUGGACCAAUAGGUCACUUUCCUUGUGCAACUCCAACUGCUCCUGUCCAAGGAACGUCUUCAACCCUGUGUGUGGUGAGGACCGCACAGAGUUCAUCUCUCCCUGCCAUGCUGGCUGCACCAAUGUCACCUUGGACCCACAGAACCAUCACAGAGUCCAGGUCUACACCAUGUGCAGCUGUGUGCCAGCUGCUGGGGCUGGCUUGGGCAGUGCUCACCCUGGCUCCUGUGUCAAGAGCUGUCCUCACUUCCUCCUGCCUGCUCUGUUCCUCAUUGCUUUUGCUGGCUUCAUUGCCAGUCUCUCUCACAACCCAAUCUACAUGAUGGUGCUCAGAACCGUCUCCCAGGAGGAGAAAUCCUUUGCCAUUGGUGUCCAGUUCUUGCUUAUCAGGAUGUUAGCCUGGCUGCCUGCCCCAGCAAUGUUUGGGCUGGCCAUUGACUACUCCUGUGUGUGGUGGAAAGAAGAAUGUGGCCGAAAAGUGGGUGCCUGUGGGUACUAUGACAACGACAUCCUUAGGAACAGGUACUUUGGGCUGCAGGUGGGCUACAAGGGUAUGGCUAUUGUGCUGCUUGCCCUGGCAGGCUGGAAAGCCCAGCACACCCCUGGGCUCAGCCUGGAGAAGGAGCCUGAGGCAGCUUGAGACUAUGCUAUGAUCUGCUAUGACCAGGCCUGGGGGAACACCACAUGGGGAAAUGAUAGACCCAAAAAAUGGGUUAAUGUUUGUUUGUUUAAUGUUUUCACUUUUACACAGUAUCCUUUUCCUUUAAUAAAUAAUUUGUAUUAUUUCAUUGUAAAUAUUUACUCACAAUGAAAAUAAACCAUGUAUUUUUUACUUUUGCAUUUUAGAGAAUAUUAACUUUAAAAAAAAAACUUGAAUUAAGCAUUUGUUUGUAGAAUAUCUCAAUAAUAACUAACAAUUUAUAAUGAACUAUUCAAUAAAACAAUGUUGAGCUACGC